GUUAAUUUACAAGUGAUGCAAGUACAAACGAACAAGUAAAAGCUUAUGCAGCACAGCUAUUGCAAGUCUCGGAGCGGGUUGCACGCGUAGCAUUCUGAGUUUUCCACGAAACACGCCAAAAGCAUCUGUGUGCAUUUAAUUAUGCCCAGUUGCACCUUGAACACAAGUUGUAUGGCCCUCUCCAACUACCUCUUGUCCGUGCACCUGGGACUACGCAAGCUCUAGGCAAUUAGUAAAGACGACGUCAUGGCAAUCUCGGCCUUCGGAAGUAGUCCUCCGGCCAGCGCUGCAGCUGCGACGCGGCAAGCGAGUGGGUUAUCCUCGAGGCCUUCACCCAUUUGGAGCCAGGGGCGCAGCAGCUGCCCCGCGCCUGCAACGGCAGCCCUCGGAAAGUCUGGACACAACCCAUUAUGGCGACGUAACAAGAACAAUAAUAUAAACAGUAGCGACAGCGCUGACGACGGCAAGUUUGGGCCGCAUAGCGGUAACCAUGCGUCCAUGUCAAAAGCUGAUGAGCUUAGGCUACGACGCGCGCAACAGCAGCAGACAACGCCAACGUUUCAUCACCCGUCAAAGCCCGCAACGGCAACGCCAGCCACUUCAUCGCCGGCCUCGUCCCCACCGCCAUCCUCAAUCCCAUCCGACUCAUCCUCAUCCCCAACACCUUCCUCGCCCCUGCCUUCCUCGGAUGAUGGGCCGGUUGUCGAUGCUGGGCCUCUACCCAUAUCCUUUAGUAAUGUCUCGGAGCUCCGACAAUUCUUAGAGGCACGCAAGCAGGCGACAGGGCAAGAAGCGUCGUCAGUCUCGUCCUCAGGGCGGCCGCCGCCCGGGAUGGCUGCCUCCUCCUCCUCCUGCCCUCCUGCCUCGAUGCAGCGGCACCCGGGCCAUGCCGCUGGUGCUGCUGAUGCCCUUGCCGGUGGUGCUGGUGGUCUCGGUGGAGGGAGUCCCCAAGAGGACGCAGACGACGACCUGGACGGCGCUGCUGCUGGAGCGGCUGAGGCACCCGCCCAAGCGGCCCAAGCACCAUUUGAGUUGGAUCCAGUGAUUGAGGGCAGUGAAGACUUCCAAAAGGCCAAGCGCUACGCCAUCUCCCUGCUGCAGCGCGCCCCCCUCGCCUCCGCCGACCUGGCCCGCCGUCUGGCUGCCCGCGGCCACCCGCCCGCCACCUGCUCCCAGCUGGUGGGCUGGCUGGGCGCCACGGGGGUGCUGGAUGACGGGCUGUUCGCGCGACUGUACGCCCGGUCCAAGUGGGAGAGCGGGCUGGCGGCACCCGCCAAGAUACGCAGGGACCUCGCGGCGCUGGGUGUGGCUCCCGAGCACGUGAGCAGCGGGCUAGCGGCGGUGUUCGGACCCUCCCGCCGUAUCAAGCUGUCGGGGCCCGCCACGCCGCAGGAGAAGGAGGUGAGUCAGAAGCUGCUGGAGGCGGCUCGGAGGCAUGUGGAGCAGCGGCGCGGCAGCUACCUGCGCCAACAGAGCAGCAGUAGUGGUGGUAACAGUAGCAGUGCUGGAGGGCAGGGCGCGGGCGGCGGCGCUAGGGACAAGGAGAACUGGUGCACUGCUCACACGGCGCAGAUCAAGGACAGGGAGGCUAACAAGCGCAGGCUGGCCAUGUGGUUGCAGUACCGAGGCCACGACAUGGGCCUUAUCACGGAGGUCAUCAAACAACUCAAGAUGUGAUGUGGGAGCCUGGUAGCUGCCUUCCUGUCACGAGCAACGUGCCUGCCGUGUUGUGCAUUGUAAGAGAAGGAAAAAGUUGGGGAGCGCAUCGGUUCGGUCCGACUGUUGAGGAGUUGUCCGCGCAUACAGCUUUUGAAUAAGCUCGUCCUUUCGAGUGGAAGCCUACCUCGUAGACAGUUGGCGUUGGGGUGGUGGUUGAUGAGCCAGGAUUGGGGUUUGUCGUGCUUCCAGUCCUUCCGAGACGUGUGGUGUUGACCGCUGCCGCUGGACACACGCGCGCCACGGUCAGCGGCUGGCUUUCCCAACAUGCAUGUAACCUGAAC